GGGGUUACAAAGGUGAAUAAAACGUCACCUACAGCCUCAAGGAACUGAGACUACCCAUGAAGGGUGUGGAAACAGGCCAUAUUAUGACUUUAUUCUAAGCUCUGUAAUGCAGGUAGUUAUUGAGGACUCUUGGAAUUAAAAGAAGCUAAUGAAAAUCUCUUUAAUGGAAUGAAAAAUUCUUUUUUUGCACACCUAGCAUCUGAAUGCCUUUCCUAUUUGAGACAAUUCCCCAAAUAGGCAAAAGGCAGGUCCUAUCUGAUACUCGUGACAGUAAAGAGUGGCAGUCACUCUUCGUACAUGUCAUAAAGUCAAACCUGAGUUUCCCCUGGAUUUCAGCUUCCUGGAUCCAGGUGAUUACUGAACACCUCUCCUUGGGCAUGUAGCAGGUAUCUCAUAUCACAAGUCCCAAAUCAGACCUGUGGCUUCCCCCAUAAACCCACUCUGUCCCCAGCAUUCUCUGUAUCAGUGAACUACACUCCCAGUCAGCCGUCGGCGCAGGCUGACAGUCUCAGAGCCAUCUGUGACCCCUCUCUUUCUCUUGCACGUACAUCUCACUCACUGUUAAGGGCGGUCAACCUUAUUUUUAAAAUCCAUCCCAAUUCUGAUCACUUGUUACCAUGUUGCCCUCUCUUCCCGGCCCUGGCCAUGUCUAUCUUGCUCUCCCGAAAUGGGCUCUUAGCAGAUUGUCUUCCUUCUACUCCUGCCACACUGCUGUCUGUUCUCAACAAAACCACUAGGAAAAAAAAAAGAAAAUUAAGUGUGAAUUAUAGCAUAUUUUCCUAUGCAAUAUUCAUCCUUACCUUCUCAUCACAUGUAGAAAAAAUUCCAGUAUCUUUCCCAUGGCCUAUAAGGCCCCUCAUGGUCUGUUCCCUGGGCAUCUCCCUAACCUUAUUGUCCAACGUUCCUACCUUUGCUCACUCCUCUCUGGCAUUACCAGUCUUCUUUCUGUUCCUCGAGCACACCAGAUGGGAGAACAUGAGCAUGCCGAAAUGCCGGAUGCAGUUGAGACAAACUUACUUGAACCUAGGAGAGAGAAGGUGAAAAGUUCCUGAGAAGGAAUGUGAUGCCCAAGACUCUGGAUGGACAGAUCACCAUGGAGAAGACCCCGAGUUACUUUGUGACAAAUGAGGCCCCCAAGCGCAUCCACUCCAUGGCCAAGGACAUCAAACUGAUCGUGGUGGUGAGAAACCCCGUGACCAGGGCCAUCUCCGAUUACACCCAGACACUGUCCAAGAAACCCGAGAUCCCCACCUUCGAGGUGCUGGCCUUCAAAAACCGGACCCUGGGGCUGAUCGACGCUUCCUGGAGCGCCAUUCGAAUCGGGAUCUACGCUCUGCACCUGGAAAACUGGCUCCAGUAUUUCCCUCUCUCUCAGAUUCUCUUCGUCAGUGGUGAGCGGCUCAUAGUGGACCCUGCCGGGGAAAUGGCCAAAGUGCAGGAUUUUCUAGGCCUCAAGCGUGUGGUGACUGAGAAACAUUUCUAUUUCAACAAAACCAAGGGGUUCCCUUGCCUAAAGAAGCCAGAAGACAGCAGUGCCCCCAGGUGCCUGGGCAAAAGCAAAGGUCGGACUCAUCCCCGCAUUGACCCCGAUGUCAUCCACAGACUGCGGAAAUUCUACAAACCCUUCAACAUGAUGUUUUACCAAAUGACUGGUCAAGACUUCCAGUGGGAACAGGAAGAGGGUGACAAAUGAGGCUAGAGAUGUGGAGGGAAGGCUAGUGAAUAGCUAAGGAGGCUCCUUCCCUGAGUCCUGAAUCCCCUGGUUUCUGCAGCUUCACUUGCCAGAGUGCCAGGCACAUCUCCUCCUUCAUCCGGCCGGGGCUGCCUCCCGUGCCGUUGGCUUAGGCAAAGGGGUGGAUCCCAAGGCAUCCCAUGGAAGAGCCGGGCCUGCCUGGGAAGCAGCAUCUGGUUGACCAGAUGUCCACCAGAACCCGCUGUUAAUGCUUGUCUUCUGCUAGUUAAUAGAAUAUGAAGACAGAGGAUAAACAGCUGCCGAUGUCAGAGACAGUGCUAUGAAUGUUUGAGUGACCAAAAGAAAGAAAGGUCUACUUUAUGGGGUUCUCACUUUAGGUUGGGGAGCCAGGGUUCUAGCCCUGUACCUGGCACAGGCACCUGCUGUCUAAACCUCCAGAAUACACUUUGCGGCUAAGUGCCCCAGGACUCCUAGGGAGCAAGGUCCUCCUUCUAAGGUGUUUCUAGCCUUCUCUUUAAAGCCCUCAUCCCACAACCCUUGGACUUCCUCCUUCCCCACAUCAUGAAGGCAGAGGCAUGCACGUUCUUCACCAAAAAAAGCUGAUACCCCUGGAGCCUUCUUCCUAAGAGCCCCUCUAAGGAGGGUUGGGUCUCUCUCUUCAUGAGUAGCCCUGAUCAUGGAGAAGCUUGGCAUAUGCCCUUGCGCCAGAGUCAGGCCCACGGGGCUACGCGCAGAGCAGUGUGGUUGUGGUAGAGUUCACAGCCAUGAGGUUGGCAAAGGUGAAUGGCCAUAACUGGGAGUGAAGGAAGAAAUCCAGUCCUCUUGGUGGGAGGUCUCCUUACCUGAACAUCCUCUUCCCCAAGCACCAGACUUCUGAGGCAUGCUUUUGGGGUGGGCUUUGUCCCCUUGGGUCCCCAGAAGGGCAAAGAUCAGAGUUGGCAUGCCUCUUAUUAUGAAUAAUCCUUAGUAAUGCCACGGAGAAGGGAGCCGUCACCGUCCUUCUAUUUGUCCCCCACCCCAACUGCUCAGGGUCAUCUCAUGCUUCGUUUUCUCUCUGCAGAGAUGGCAGCUGCUGGGCAGCGGUGAGAGGGCUGACUCCAUUUGUCACAUCCUGUUUAUGGGGGGGUGGGAGAGAGCAAGGGCUGUCUGCAGAUGCCCCAGUCAAGGGCUGCCGAAUAAAGCGUCUCUUCCGGUUAGUUUGAUUCGAUUAAAAUGUACCAUUUGACAUAAAACACUUGUUUGCAGAUCUCCAAAACCAGGAAUUGUUCUAGUAAAAUUGGAAAUUUGUAUGAGUGGGGGGAGUUAAAUCUGUUCAGCUGUUAUUAAACUGUCAUUUCUCCCGCUAAAUGAAAACUGUGUUGUUAUAAAGCUUCAUGCAACCUGAGCAAUGGGUUUCGAUGGUGUGUUUGUGCAGGGAAUCUCCACCCCAACGCAACCCCAGGAUGCCAGUAGCAUCCUUCCACUGGGAUGGCCUGAAAGGCCCAGAUUCCAGCGUCUUGGGUGGGUUCUGUCUGCAGGGCAGGAUGAUUGUUGCAAUAGUACAAAGAAAGUGGCUCCUGAAAGGGGUGUAGCUUGUUCUAUCUUAACCAA